UCUAGAAGCUCAAGAAGUCAAAUCCCCAGAUCUGUUUAUAUGACAGCUAUAUCAGGUUAUGGACCGAUUUCAACCAUACUUGGCACAGUUGUUGGAUAUCAUGACGAAAUACUUCGUGCAAAAAUUCAUUCAUAUCGGAUAAGAAAUGCGCACUCUAGAGGCUCAAGAAGUCAAGACCCAAGAUCGGUUUAUAUGGCAACAAUAUCAGGUUAUGGACCGAUUUGAACCAUACUUGGCACAGUUUUUGGAUAUAGUAACAAAACACGUCGUGCAAAAUUUCAUUUCAAUCGGAUAAGAAUUGCGCCUUCUAGAGGCUCAAGAAGUCAAGACCCAAGAUCGGUUUAUAUGGCAACAAUAUUAGGUUAUGGACCGAUUUGAACCAUACUUGGCACAGUUUUUGGAUAUAGUAACAAAACACGUCGUGCAUUUCAUCCCAAUCGGAUAAGAAAUUCGCACUCUAGAGGCUCAAGAAGUCAAGACCCAAGAUCGGUUUAUAUGGCAACAUUAUCAGGUUAUGGACCGAUUUGAACCAUACUUGGCACAGUUUUUGGAUAUAGUAACAAAACACGUCGUGCAAAAUUUCAUUCCAAUCGGGUAAGAAUUGCGCCUUCUAGAGGCUCAAGAAGUCAAGACCCAAGAUCGGUUUAUAUGGCAGCUAUAUCAGGUUAUGGACCGAUUUGAACCAUACUUGGCACAGUUGUUGGAUAUCAUAACAAAACACGUCGUGCAAAAUUUCAUCCCAAUCGGAUAAGAAAUUCGCACUCUAGAGGCUCAAGAAGUCAAGACCCAAGAUCGGUUUAUAUGGCAGCUAUAUCAAAACAUGGACCGAUAUGGCCCAUUUACAAUACCAACCGACCUACACUAAUAAGAAGUAUUUGUGCAAAUUUUCAAGCGGCUUGCUUUACUCCUUCGGAAGUUAGCGUGCUUUCGACAGACAGACGGAGGGACGGACGGACAGACGGACAGACGGACGGACAUGGCUAGAUCGACAUAAAAUUUCACGACGAUCAAGAAUAUAUAUACUUUAUGGGGUCUCAGACGAAUAUUUCGAGUAGUUACAAUCAGAAUGGCGAAAUUAGUAUACCCCCCAUCUUUUGGUGGAGGGUAUAAAAAAAGUAGAUCCCUGGCACAAGAUUACAAGACAUUUCUAAAAACUGUUCACAAAUUCAUAUCCGACAAAUACAGUUUGCAUGAUUUUUCGUGGCACUUCAUUCCACCUCACGAUCCACAUAUGGGUGGAUUGUGGGAGGGGGCUGUCAAAUGCAUGAAGUCACAUUUGCGAAAAGUGGCUUCUAAUUCUAAAUUUACCUUUGAAGAGUUCUCCACUCUUCUUGUUCGUAUCGAAAGUGUACUUAAUUCAAGACCCCUUUCUCCUAUGAGCGAAAACCCUACUGACUUAAUCCCGCUCACUCCUGGUCAUUUCUUAAGGGGAACCUCUUUAAUGGCGAUUGCCGAGGAUUGCUCCGACAACUUGCCUUUGCUGAAUCGCUGGCAGAGGCUCAAGGCACUGCAAAUUCAAUUUUCGAAGCGUUGGAAGACAGAAUACAUCUGCGAACUGCAGCGUAGAUAUAAAUGGAAAUCUGCACAGCAAAACUUAAAGGAAAAUGAUUUUGUUGUGGUCAAAGAGGACAACAUUCCACCAAACGAAUGGUGUCUGGGAAGGGUCCUGAAAGUUUUUAAGGGAAAGGAUUCUAAUCCCACCCAAAUGCCGUAUCUGCCAAGAAAGACAUUUUUUGAAGUCGUGUCCAACUUUUCUGGGAAUGACCAUUGCCAAAAGACGUGAAGUGUGGAAAGACAAAGGCUUUUGUUUGAACUGCUUAUGCACAGCAUACACGAGACAUUGGUGCCCGUCGAGGAAAACGUGCAUGGUGUGCCAAAGCCACCAUCACACACUAAUACACGUGGAUUCAUCAGCAAGAACAACACUUCAACGCAAAGACAGCAAAACUCAACCUCGAUCCAAAUCUGAAAACCAAAGACGUCCAUCAUCAUCCAUUCAUCGGAAGAAAUCUUAUGUUGACGAGCGUCUAAGCCGUCGGUCAAAAACGCACGUUUUUCUUCCUACUGCCCUGGGACGGUGCCUUACUUCCAAAGGUCCAGAAAAAACAAGACUUCUCUUGAAUUCAGGCGGCGUACAAACUAUAAUUGUACGAGGAUUGGUGGAUAGACUACACCUCAAGACCACAAAGGACGGAAAAGAGUACUGCACACUUAAUCUGCAGUCUUACCAGGACCCCACUGCCAAAAUACAAGUAUCUGGUGUAGUAAAGUCGCAGCUGAAUAUGGCACUUCCAACAACGGUCCCAGAUGAAAAAUUGAAGACAACAUAUGACCAGAUUACCGACUUAGCGGAUCCACAUUUCUUUGCACCAAAAAAUAUCGAGGUUGUAAUCGCUAACGACCAGCUUCCUAAAAUUUUGAAGGCCGGCAUGAUCCAAACAUCCUCCACGAUGCCGAUCGCCCAAAGCACCAUAUUCGGGUGGACAAUUUCCGGUGCCUGCCACUACUAAGUUGCACUAGUGCAAGGGGGCCGGCAUGUUGAAGCCAGAUCAAAAAACCUAUCCUUAUGCUAACAUAAGUACACACAUAUAUAAUAGAAUUACAUACCUUACUGAUUUACAUUGAAAUAAAUCUUUGAAAUUGUUUUAA